AUGGAUUCAGUCAACCAACGAGACAGAAUAUCAAGUCUACCAGAUGUAGUUCUAGUUAUGAUCCUCUCUUUCUUGUCCUUCAAGGAUAAUGUAAAGACGAGCAUUCUCUCAAAGCGUUGGAGGAAUAUUUGCUAUGAAGCAAAGAACAUUUCCUUUAAGGAAUCAGAGUAUGUGGACAUCUCUGUGUUUGACUAUGUCUCCAAACGGGUAUCAUUUGUUCGGUAUAUGCUCAACUGGGUCUCUAGAGUUCCCAUUAAGGUUAUCGAAAGUUUUGAAAUUUGUCUCGGUUUUCCGGUGGGCUUCGAGGUAGAGAUCAAGUCAUUGAUUGAGUUUUCCAUCUCUAGACAAGUAAAGAAGUUAGUUCUUGAUUUCUCAAGCCCUUUUUGGGAUAACACAUGGGAUGGGUUGAGAAAUGAUGACUUUGUUAUUGAAUUGCCCGCACUCAUUUACGGUCUACAAACCCUCGAAUCAUUGACGAUUUACGCAUGCAUGUUUGACCCUUCGAGAUUCACAAACGUAGGACUAAGAACGCUCUCUAUUGGUUGGUUUAGACUUGAAAAGAUCGAAUCUUUGUUAUCAAAGUUUCCUUUGCUUGAGAGUCUGAGUAUUAUCUCUUGUUACCUUGAUGAGGUUAAGUUAGCUGGGCAAAUUAGAGUCAGAGAACUGAUCAUCGAUAACUGCAUUAUCCCUACCAUGUAUUGUUUGUUAAACCUACCUAACAUAGAAAUCUUCAAGUACUCCGGAAAUGUCAUCGUCUUCGAUUUUCAGAAAGUGAAUAUGAUAUUGUUGAAAGAGGUUUACUUAGAUUUUUUUAUAGAGCAUGAAAAUGACGAACCAACCUAUUCACCUAAAGAAGCUGGAGAUAUUCUUUCCCAUCUUCUUAAUGAUCUUCGAUCUUCUAGGACUUUGACCGUCUGCUCUUAUCUCCUUGAGGUGAUUUCAGAAUGUAACGAUCCGGUUGAUAUGCUUCGUGAUGUCCAAGCACAACAUUUGGUGCUAGAAACCCUCAUGCAUCCGAACGAGUUUACGGGUAUGAGGCUCCUUCUUGAUCAUUGCCCGAACUUAGAGACCCUCACGUUCCAGCUUCUUUGUCUAAAACCUUUCCCUAUGGCUUCACAUGGUGGCUCCAGUUCACAUACAUUAUGGCUGGAAAACAUCUCAUCAAGGUGUUUGAGAAGGACUCUCAAGAUCCUUGUGGUUAGGGGUUUUUGUAAUAGCUGGAACGAGUUCUAUUUAUUGAACUAUUUGGUUCUGCCGGAGCAUGGGUUUGCAUUGGAAAGAGUUGAACUUUACUUGCCUCCGUUGCAAGAAAUGCCAAGGCAGUGGGCCUAUCAUGGAGCCGCGAUGUUACAAAAAACUUCAAAUCGAGUACAAGUUAUUUUGCACAGCGCUUGA